AUGGACUCGAUUUCGGACCCACCCUUUCACAAGGCAUACAAGAUCCUGUUCGAGAAGACCCAAAACAAUGAAGAAAACGAUCUUGAUAGUGAGCUCGUGGUGAUUGAGGAAUGCGAGCUUCCGGUGAUCGAUCUGAGCCGUUUAGAAGAGAGUGAUCAAGUGGCGAGGGAAGAGUGCAAGUCAGAUAUAGCUAGGGCUUCACAGGAAUGGGGUUUCUUCCAAGUUGUAAAGCACGGGAUUUCGAGUGAGAUUUUCAGCAGGUUGAGGUGUGAACAAGAGAAGGUGUUCAAGCAGCCCUUUGAUAAGAAGACCAAAGAGGACAAGUUCUUGAACUUCUCCGCCGGUAGCUACCGUUGGGGAGCACCCAAUGCCACAUGCAUUAGACAGUUAUCUUGGUCUGAAGCAUUUCAUAUUCCUUUAACCGAUAUACUAGGGUCCAGUGGAUCAAACAAUCUUAGUUCAUCAAUCGAGCAGUUUGCUACCACAGUUUCCAGCCUCGCACAAACAUUAGCUGAUAUCCUGGCAGAGAAAAUGGGUAUAAAGUCAAAUUUCUUUGAGGAGAAUUGCUUGCCCAACACCUGUUAUCUUCGACUGAAUCGAUAUCCUCCGUGCCCCAUUGCUUCUGAGAUUCAUGGUCUGAUGCCACAUACUGAUAGUGACUUCCUCACCAUAUUGUAUCAAGAUCAGGUUGGAGGCUUGCAAUUGGUCAAGGAUAGGAAAUGGAUUGCUGUUAAACCGAACCCUGAUGCUCUUAUAAUCAAUAUUGGUGACUUAUUUCAGGCAUGGAGCAAUGGGGUCUACAAGAGUGUUGAGCAUCGAGUUGUGACAAACCCGAAAGUAGAAAGGUUCUCUACGGCGUAUUUCUUUUGCCCUUCAAAUGACACCGUGAUAGAGAGUUGCAAAGAGCCCUCUGUUUACAGGAAAUUUAGCUUUCGGGAGUACAGACAACAAGUUCGAGAUGAUGUUCAGAAGCUGGGUUCCAAAAUAGGCCUACCCAGGUUUCUCACAUAUGAAGGAAAAACUACAUAA